AUGCCUGCUGAUCAAGAUCCUGCAACUAAUCCUAACUCAGCAUAUUAUCUUAGCAAUCAUGAUCUUAGUGCUUCUAAAUUGGUUAGUAUUGUAUUUGAUGGUAAAUGCUUCAAUGACUGGAAGCGCUCCAUGGUGAUUGCACUCUCAGCAAGAAAUAAGCCAUGCUUUGUUGAUGGCAGUCUUAAUCAACCAGCAGCUAAUUCAGCAAACCACAGAAUCUGGAACAGGUGUAAUGACUUGGUAAUUUCUUGGAUGUUGUCUUCCUUAGAGCCUUCAAUUGCAAGAAGUGUAUUAUAUCUCAAAACUGCAAGAGAAAUAUGGCUAGACCUGGAGGAGAGAUUUUGUUGUAGCUGCACUUUGACUCAACAAUUACUGAAGUCUCAACAGAAUCAAAGGCUGAUCCACCUCUUGAUGAAAUUGAAUGAGAAGUAUGAUCAUUCAAAGAGUACUAUACUCAUGAUGAGCCCCUUGCCAACAAUUUCAAAAGCAUAUGGACUUCUUUUACAGGAAGAACAACAGAAGGAAGUCAAUAAUAGUCGAAGUCAUAAUUCAGAAUCCACAGUGUUUACAGCAAGGAGAUUUUCUGAUAUCAAGCCAUACAAAUCACCUCCAUAUACUUCUGGUUCAGGUUUAUACAAUGCAACCAAUGGAAACCAAUCAAGAAACUACACCUAUACAAGGAACAAUCUCUACUAUGAGCACUGCAAAAUGAAGAACCACACUAUAGAUAAGUGCUGGAAAUCGCAUGGAUAUCCUAAGGAUUUCAAGGGCAAGGGAAAGAGAGUUGCAACAGCAGCUCAACUUGAGGAGAAUUAA